UGUCAACUGUAACUAAAGCCGUUGUGGUAAAAAAAAUGUUUGCCUGAAACAUCUCCAGCCAGUAGUUGAGAGAUCGUGCUUCUGUAAACUUAAGGCGCAGCGAUGGAUCCCGCCGACAACAACCGACGCCCGCAUUUACCGGUCAGUUUAUUAGACCUGCCAGAUGACAAUGAAGUCUUUGCAGGGGACGGAAAUGUCAGCGAGGCUUUGAUUCAACCGAAGUUGUCCCCGCGUCCACGGAGACGCAGUUCCUCCUCGGACGAAGGGCCGGAGCCUCCGUUAAGUCUGACCCGCAAAGUAUCAUUUGCGGAUGCAUUCGGCCUGGAGCUGGUGUCUGUGCGGGAGUUUGACGGGUGGGAAGCGGGGGGCUGCUCGCUGGACAAGGGGGUGCAAGGUGAGCCCGUAGCUCUGCAAGAAUGCCUUCUACUGCCACUCUUUCAGUUGCCAUCCAGCCCCGCGGAACUGAAGCAGAAACUUUAUGCUCAGAAAGUGGAGCUAGAAUCAGCAGAGUUCCCCCCGGGCUCGAACUGCAUGAAAGGGUUGAUCCGUGUACUCAAUAUGUCGUAUGAAAAGCUAGUGUACAUCCGGAUGACAUUAGACAAUUGGGAGAGUCACUGUGACAUUCUGGCUGAUUAUGUGGCCGAUUCCUGUGACGGCCAAACUGACCAGUUCACGUUUAACAUUCUUCUAGUCCCUCCUUCUCUGAGAAACGGCACCAAGAUCGAAUUUGCCAUCCGCUAUGAAACCCGCGAUGCUACUUAUUGGGCAAACAAUUGUCACAAAAACUAUGUGGUCCUUUGUCACAAGGAGGAUGAUCAGAAUGCAAGUGAGAAACCACAAGAAGAACACGAUGAUCGAAACUUAAAAAGUUGCCUAAAGACGUCAUAUAGCAAACGGGUCUUGGAAACCUCCUGUGAUGAUGGCCACAUGAACCGACCAAGCAGUGAAGCACAACAGGAAAGCAGAGAGAUUAUUUUGGAAAUUAAGACAAUACCAUGGUGGAACACUGAAAGCCUUUUAAAUCAAAGCAUAGAACAAAAAGAAAUAAUGAGUAAGCAACAACGGGACACUCAGAUGGAUCCUCCAUUGCAUAUCUCACUGACCAACCCAAGAGGCCAAGAAACUAAUGUAUCACAAUUGGAAGGAUUACAUUAUUACGUGAAGGAAGAGAAUGAGAAGAAUGCUGCUACAGUCAGUGAAUCACCAAACAAUGAACGGGAGGACUUGGAAGUUAAACAUACCAUGUUUGCAAGCACAGAAAACACGAUAAAACAAGAGGAAUCGGAAUGUCUUGGAAUCCCUUCAGCAAGUAACAGAAGCACUCCCAAUCUCAAAAUCCAGAGCCAUGAGAGAGAUAUAAAUGCAAAAGAAAUAACAGAUAGUGGUAACGUUGCAACAAGCUAUAACAAAAUAAUAACCCAAUCUUCUGAAUUGUUUGCCAUUAAUGGAUCACAUUUGCAGCAUGUAGACAGCAUUCCUUUCGCACUAAAUAGAGAUGAAGCUGUUACAUCACAUGCAACUGAUACAUCAACUAAUUCCACACUAGAAAUUAAUAGACCCUUGGGAAACAACCUACACAAAAUCCCUGCUAAUGAUAUGCAAAACAACUUGGUAAUAAUUCCAGAUGUUAUGGGUGUAUGUGGUAAGCUCACUAGUAACAGGUCACAUCCUACAAAGUUUGUCAAACAUUUUGCAGACUCUGAAGAUAAAAGUGUCGAAGAUGUUAAUUUGAUUGGUGAUGCAUCAUCAAUUGGAGAAUCAGAAUCCUUCCAUGAUUCUGCAAUAUGCACCGACACUGAUGAUGUAUUUGAGCCAGGGAGAAUAAGUUUCUUGUUCCAUGGCUCAGUCUCAUCAGAGGACAUGCAGAUAUUCAGUGCAAGAAUAAGUGAUGCGCAAAUGUCAUCCCAGUAUUCCACUGAAGCGGACAAUUUGGAAGCGAAAAAGCUGGAAGAUUUAUUCACAAAACCUCAUUCACAGAAGAAGGGGACAGAAAGUGCACACGUUCAAAAUCCAACAAACAGAACUGACAAAGUGAUUCCAUCCCUGACACAAGUUCCAGAGAAUGAUUCACCAGAAACAAAUGUUGCUGAUGAACAAAAAAAAGAUAAAGUAGGCGCCCCGCAAAUUGCAGAGCAGUGUAUUAGCAUCCCGCCGUGUAUGUUAGCUGAUACAAUGGUAAAGGAUGCAACUGAAGCUGCAUUGCUUGCAAUUACUGGAGAUGAAGGGAUGACUGAAGCAGCUGCAUCACCAAGUGCAAAGGCAUUAACAAAUGAUGAACAACAUUUAAACCAGGAAGUGACCACAGUUUUGAAUUUGCCAUCAAUGCAUGGAGAGCCUUCAAACAUUCAUGUUGCUAAUGAAGGAAAUACAAAAAAUGUUUCAGAGUUUGGUGAACAUGCAACAGAAACGAGCACGAGACAUGUGCAAGUGGGAAAGAUCACAUCUCAAGCUGCGCAGAAAAACACAAAGGAAAAAAACAAUUCAAGAGUAAGUCUGCACACAAUGGCAUCUCCGCUCCCUUUAGAAGAUGCACUUCAUAAUGGCAAACAAUCUUUACAACUGAUACAGAAUUUGACUGCAGCUUUUCAGAUGAUUGAGGAAGAUUCUAGAGGAGGCACAACUGCCACAAACAUUGGUAAAGGUGCAGCCAAUUAUGUGCAGAUGGCUCCUGAACUUCAGGAAGAUGCACAGAAAAGGUUAUCUCAUGAAAUUACUGAGACAACUGAAAAUAUUUUUGAAUUUCAAAAUUGUGAUGUGAAGAAAAUGCACACAGUGUUUGGAAAGCAGAUGGCUGUUGGUGCUACAGAGCCCACAGGAGCGGAGGGGCAUGACACGGAGAAAGGCAAUGAAAAUGGAAAGUAUGUAAAGGUUAAACAGAAUUGCAGUGUUUCAGAAAGUGACUACUCACAUCAUUACAGUGUAUCAGAUGUGAAAGAGUCUUUAGAGGGGGGCAGAGUCAAUCUUGAGGAAGAAGGAAGAUCUAAUGUGGAGCACGCUUUGUAUGCCAAAGCGGAUGAAUCCAUGAAAUAUACCCAGAUGUAUAGUGUAUCUCAGGUGGCAACAGAAAUUGUGCUUAGUUGUGAACUGACAGCAGGAGAAGUAGAUCAUGAUAUGAGUGCAGAAUGUGAUCAUGUUAAAAAGUAUAGGAGUGGGGUAGAUAAUGAAACUGGUAUGCAGAGCGAGGGUGCAACAAAUACUUUUUCUGAAUCACCAGGUGACAAUUAUUAUUUUAAAAAGGGUGAAAUGUUUCAUAACAAUCAACAUAUACCAACAAAUAGGAGCACAAGCCAAGAAGCAACACAACCUAAAGUUAAUAUAAGUCUAGACUCAACCAUGUGCACUAUAAAUUGUACUAAGGGGAAAAAAAAUAGAGUAAUCUCAUCGCAACAGAAUUCAGAGCUGAAUAACCACCACAAAUGCUUAGAUCCUAUCAUGUUGAUUAAUACACCAGUUAAAAAGGAUGAUGGAAAGGAAACAGACACUGAUGUUACGGGUGAUAUCCACCCAAAUUCAGAACAGUUAAAAUCCAGAGAAUGUAAUGAGGGAACACAAAAGGAGGAGCAGGUGGGAGAAGCUUUUGACAGUAAUGUUGACAGCAUUGAUUCACAAUUGGAUAGUGAGUUAUUCACAAAUGAGGAUACUUUGAAAAGCACACUAUGGAAAGUUUGCUAUUUUGUUUUGUUUGUUGUGUUUCUUGUUACAAUUUAUCAUUAUGAUUUUAUUGGGUGUUUUAUACUUUACCUUUUUUCGUUGUAUUGGUUGUAUUGUGAAGGUGAAGAAAGCAGUGAUUCUGUCAGAAAAGACUGAUAAAAGAACUUGCAUUUUUAUUCAGUUGAGACAGUGAAAAACUGAAAUUGGUUUUCAGGAUUGUUAACCAUUUGAACACUGAAGUAACCAAUGCUUUUUUAAAUGCAUUUUAUUUCACACAUCAACAUAAUGAUUAGCAACAUUUCUAACAUUAUUAUAAAACUGAAACAAUAAUAUUUUCAAAAUAUCAUGCAUUGUGUCCUUGGAAUAAACAAAAAUACUUAUUUUCCAUUGUGAUGCAAAACAUUUUCAUAGGCCUAAAACAUUUAAUCAGUGAUUCUAAUAAAAUGAUAUUGAAAUGUCUUAUUUACAAUUGUCAAGGAACACGACCGAGGAGAAACAAUCUUACCCAACUUGGUUAAAGAACUGGUUGAAUGACAUUUACAUUUUAUAGAAACUGCUUAAAGGUUUCUUAAUAAAAUUAAAUGACCAUUUUAUUUUCUCUGAUAAAUGCAAAGUAACACUUCCGAUAAUAAUUUUAGACCAAUUUUUUUGUUUUGCUGUUAUAAGUUUCUGUUAUUAGCUAGUCGAACACUAAUGGAUACUUUUAGUCAGUAAUUGUUUUUUUUCUCCAUUCAACGUCAAUGGGUAGCAAUCUGCUUUGUUUUUUCUAAAAUGUCAAACAUUAAAGUUAUUACAAACUUUAAA